AUGGUCUACUGCGGCAAGGCCUCUCAGGGCUGCCAAAACUGCCGAACCCGUCGCAUCAAGUGCGACAAGGUGAAACCCGAAUGUUCACAAUGCAUACGCGUGGGCAAGAAAUGCCCUGGGUAUCGAGACCAACUAUCGCUCAUGUUCCGCGAUGAAAGCACCAAAGUUAUCAAGAAAGCCCAUGCCCAGUGGGGAGUUGCCGACGGCCCUGAGAAUUCUGAGCGUGCUUCGACGUCGACUGCUCCGUCACCCCCUGCUUCUUUGCCCUCUCACAGCCGGAAGGGAACGCCAAACAGUACGAGGGCUGCAUCACGAUCGGGAGCCGCAAACGCACCAUCGCCAGCCUCAAGCUCGGCAUCCAUUUCCGCUUCGCCGUCAAUAGCGUACCGCUCGGCAUGCUCCUCAUCACCUCCAGCACUCCCAGCUGUCAAAGAUGAACACAACCGCGAGUCCAGCCCUCCGACGCUGCAGAUUGGCCCCACUAUCGAGGAACAGGGCGUGCAGUUUUACGUCAAUAGGUAUUUGAUAGGACAUCCGGAUGAACCCAAAACCGGCCGAGACUUGAACACUGAGGGUUGGAUAUGGCAUCCAGCAGUACAGGACGUCAUGUGCGCUGUAGGCCUUGCUGGCCUGCACAAUCUGACUGGCAAUACCGAAAUGAUGGCGACCGCGCGAGAGAAGUACGGUUCAGCACUGCGACAUACCGGAAAGCUGAUCCGACCUCCGCAUACACCAAGCAUCGAUGUGACGAUGAGGGCCGUGGUGGCCCUCGCCAUGUUCGAGUUCAUACCUCUACACGUUGCUGGCAUGCCCAUGCCACCGGAUUUUUACGACUGGGUAUCUUACGGUUCGCGACUCCAACUGCCUAUUGACCGCCCAUCGACCGACCUAGCCGUUCUGAUUGCUCGAUUUGUGGAAAUAUCGUCAUUCAUUCACAACCAUGUUAUCAGUGACGGAAAAUCAAAAACGGCCAGCGUGAUCCAGCAGCUUCUGGACCUUGACAAUGACUUGGCAUCGUGGGAGAGAGGGUUGGAGGGAGACUGGAUUUAUCGCACCGUCUAUGCCACCCACUUCCCACCGAAAGCGGUAUUUGAGUGCGAAUACCACAAAUACCAUGACGUCUGGACCGCGCGAAUUUGGAAUUACUAUCGUUGGUCACGGAUCUUGGUUAACCAGAAUCUGCUGGAUCUGACGAAUAAGAAUCCCGUGUCUAGUCUAUCGCUGGUAUCAGCGGCUGCGCGGGAUAAAUUUCUGGAGAUGAUCCGACACUUGGCGAGGGAUAUUCUAGCGAGCGCGCCGACGCACUGGCGACAUCCGGCUCUGGACGGUCCGGCGCAGAUAACAGUAGAAAGCCCCGGCGGAGGAGGAGCUGGAUCAGCAGGACUGCCGGCGUUGCUAUUCCACCUGAAAGUUGCGGGCUGCGCUCCUGGCGUGCCCAAAGAGUACUGGGAGUGGGCGCUGGGGGUCAUCCAAACGAUUUGGAGUGACAUGGGGAUGUUGCACGCGCGAUCGAUGAUGGAAGCCAUGCGAGCGCACGAAGACACGGUGCUGAGGACUGGCGCAGCAGGAAUAUUGGCAGAUGACUGGUAG